AUGACCUCGUUGCUCAAAAGCCUGUUUCUCAGAAACAGGGCCGUGCAUUGGCACCUGCUCCAACGAGCAGCCACGAGAUCCAACUCAACAACCAACACCUUCAACACUGCCGUGGAAGCAGCGGAAAAGCUCGUGCAGCCAACAAAAGACAAGUCGUUUAAUGACCCCUUUUCCAUAGUCAGCCACGAAAUGUCGUCGUUGGCCAAGCUGAUAGCCAGUUUGAUCGGCUCGGGCCACUCGACUCUCAACAGAGUCAGCAGCUACUACUUUGAGGCUGAGGGCAAGAACGUCCGCCCGCUUGUGGUGCUUUUGCUUUCUAAAGCCUUGCUGAAUAUCCCUGUGGAGGAGCGCAACAGGAUCAGAAUUGACUCCCAAGAUGUCACAGACCAACCCGUAUACCCCGGAACACCCCAAGGCACCGUGAUAGCCGGAAAUUCCGUGAACCAGCUGAUUUCCCCCUUGGCCGUUUUGCAUGGAAUCAAUCCUAAGGUCAUUUUGGACCCUUUGCUGAAGCCCAUGGACCAGCUUCCUCUGAUGGAUGCUGCUAAUGGCAUUUUGCCCAAGCAGAGACGUUUGGCUGAAAUCGUGGAGAUGAUCCACACGGCCUCUUUGCUCCAUGACGAUGUUAUUGAUCUUUCGGACGCCCGCAGAGGCCGUCCCAGCGGCAAUAUUGCGUUCACAAACAAAAUGGCUGUUUUGGCAGGCGACUUCCUUUUGGGCCGAGCCUCGGUCGCCAUUGCUCGUUUGCGUAAUCCAGAGGUGAUUGAGUUGUUGUCAACGACGAUUGCCAACUUGGUGGAGGGCGAGUUCAUGCAGUUGAAAAACACUGUUAUCAGCGGCGAUGAGUCGAUCAAUAACGACGGUGAGAUCAAGGACGUUCCUGAGCCUACAGGCAAGGUGCCUGUUGAGCAGCACAACUACCGCGUGGAAAAGCCCCAGGAGGUUGACCACGAGGUGAACGUGGACGCUGCUUUUGAGUACUACUUGCACAAGACUUACCUCAAGACUGCUUCGUUGAUGUCGAAGCUGUCGAGAGCCGCUGCUGUGUUGAGCGGUGCUCAGGACGAUAUUAUCGAAAACUGCUAUGAAUACGGCCGUAACUUGGGCUUGUGUUUCCAGGUUGUGGACGACAUGUUGGACUACACCUCAAGCAAUAGUGCGAUUGGCAAGCCGAGCCAGGCUGACUUGAAGUUGGGUUUGGCCACGGCACCUAUCUUGUUUGCAUGGAGAGAGGAGCCUAAGCUUGGCGAGCUUAUUGCCAGAAAAUUUGCCGAGCCCGGUGAUGUUGAUAUCGCUCGUAGGGCUGUGGAUAGAUACGGAGGAUUGGAGAAAACCAGGGCCAUGGCCCAGGACUACUGCACGCGGGCUCUUACCAACCUUAGAAAUUUGCCUGAAUCGGACGCCAGAAGCGCCUUGGAGUUCUUGACGAACUCCGUCUUGACCAGAACAAAAUAA